AUGGGCGACUUCUUAGCUCCCCAUAAUGCUUGCGGACAGAACCUUCUGCGAAUCGUUUCUCGUGGAAAUGCCAUUCUUGCUGAAUUAAUGCGAUUAAAAGAUUACGUACCGCCAGUCUUUAGAUUUGACAGUAAACAAUUCGAUCAGAAAUAUGGAUCUGUAAUUAUAGACUUUGCAUACUUUAAAGCCUGUGCUACAUAUGAACAAAAAAUUGAAAAUGAUUCUGCAUUGCAAGCUCUUGACGAAAAACUGCGUGAAAAUUUCUCAAACAUACUAACAAGAUUUUAUUUGGCAUUUGAAAGUAUUCACAAGUAUAUUACGGACCUUAAUGCUUACAUAGACGAAUUGGAGGAUGGCCUGUAUAUACAACAGUCUCUUGAAUCUAUUAUGUUCAAUGAAGAAGGAAAACAAUUAAUGUGCGAAGCUGUAUACUUGUAUGGAAUUAUGUUAUUACUAGUGGAUUGCCAUUUUGAAGGGUACGUUCGUGAGCGUUUAUUGGUAUCUUAUUAUCGAUAUAAUGCACAGCGUUCCUCAUCAACUAGAGUAGAUGAUGUCUGUAUGCUACUUCGCUCAACUGGAUAUAGUAAAUCGUCAUUGAAAAGACCUGCAAAUUAUCCUGAAGAAUAUUUUAAGAGAGUACCAGUGAAUACUUCAUUAGUAGAACUAGUUAUAGGACGAUUGCGGUCGGAUGAAUUGUAUAACCAAAGUCGUGCUUUUCCAUAUCCAGAACAUCGUAGUAUCGCGUUAGCUAAUCAAGCUUCGAUGCUAGUCAUCAUAUUGUCAUUUAAUCCUUCUUUAUUACAUUCCCAAACUGCAAUAAUGCGUGAAAUUGUAGUCAAAUUUUUUCCUGACUGUUGGGUCAGCAGCAUUUAUAUGGGAGUGGUAAUUAAUUUAUUUGAUUGGUGGCAGCCCUAUAAAGCAGCACGAACAGCACUCAAUAGUACACUGGAGAAUUCAAAUAUAAAGAAAACUGCACAGAAUUAUGGACAGAAGAUGGAUACACAAAUUCUUGAAGUUGAAAAGAUACAAUUUUCCGUUAAUCUGGAUGAGAACGCAGUAGGUCCAAUAGUAAAAUUGGUUCGAAAUUGUAAUGUUACGUUACACUGGAUUCUUCUGCAUACUGCCUCGCCAAAUAUGUUGGUUGAAGAAUCCAAACGAUCCAAAAGUAUUCGCCAGUUGGUUAUCCAUGAGAGUAAAUACUCAGUUGAAAACUGUCUUCGUCUACUAUUGAAUACAGCACAAGUUGAACAAAAUGUUAAACAAUUUUACAAGCAGCUAUUACAAGACAAAGAAUCAAAGUGGAUGAAGAAAAAGGAAAGAUGCGUGGAACGUAUCUCGGAUCUUGCCGAGCUGUUUAGUGGCAAUAAAUUUUUAGAUGGUACUGAGAAAAAUCUGUGCCUUCAGAAAUGGUUCAAGGAAAUUUCUGAACAUGUGAAAACUCUGCAACAAGAUGAGGGACGUAAAAUCGUACAGCUUUUACAAGCACUUGAGGAAGUUCAAGAAUUUCAUCAACCGGAAAAUAAUUUAAAUAUCUCCCAAUAUUUGGCUGACACACGUGUAAUUUUACGCAGUAUGUUGCUUACUGGUAGCAUAAGUGAAGAUAUAAUGAUUACAUUAAAUAUAGUGACAGAUUGUUGUUACGCUUGGAUCAUUAUGGAGUCAUUCGUUAGUGUAAUGCAAGGUUGUAUAAAAGAGAAUCCGUCUAUGGUGAUUAAACUAAAAGCUCUCUUUUUAAAGAUGGCUUCUGCACUAGAAACACCACUACUGAGAAUAAAUCAAGCUCGCAGUGCAGAUCUGUCAUCAGUGUCUCAACAUUACAGCAGAGAGUUAGAGGGCUUCGCAAGGCGAGUGCUGCAAAUUAUUCCUGAAACUGUAUUUGGUUUACUUGCUGAAAUAGUUCAUCUUGAAACAAACAUUUUAAAAGAGAUGCCAACAAAGAUAAGUAAAGAUAAAUUGAAAGAUUAUGAACAGUUUGAUGACCGAUUACAGAUGGCAAAAUUAACGUACGCAGUGUCUGUCUUCACAAAAGGUGAACUGUCACUUAGAAGUGUUUCUUUAGGUGUUUUGCGUGUCGAUUCCCAUCGUCUUUUCGAAGACGGAAUUCGUCAGGAACUCGUCAAAAAAGUGACACAUGCGCUGCACAAUUGUCUUGUAUUCGAUUUAAAGUCUAAGACAGAUCUAGUAAAGAAGCUACAAAAUUUAGCAACCGUCAUGGACGGAUACCGUAGAUCUUUUCAAUACAUUCAAGAUUAUAUAAACAUUAACAGCUUAAAAAUAUGGCAUGAGGAGAUUACAUACAUAAUAAAUAAUGCUGUGGAAGAAGAGUGCAAAGGUUUAACUUGGAUACCUGGAAAAAAUUGGAGAAGCUUACAGGAUGAAAAAUUCAUUCACAUACCUGUGACAGAUUCGAAUUCCUAUACAUUUUUAGGACGAUUUGCACGAGAACUUAUUCGCAUUACUGAUCCUCGGUCGACUGUUUACAUUGAACAUACGCUUGCGUGGUAUGACAUUAAAACGCACAAUGAGGUAUUAAAUCAUAAUGUUUUUUCAACAAUAUUACAAGGAAUGGGUACACCUGGCUUAUGUGGAUUAGAUGAGCUAAUAUCGUUUUUCACUGUUGUUGAAAUUCAAAACAUUAAUAAUUACUUGGAAAAAGGAGUUCGUGAAAAAGUCUGGACGGAUAUGAUAAAAGAUUCCAACAUAAUUAUGCAGAAUAAUUCAGAAAAUUCAAAAGGCAAUCCUGGGAAACUUUAUAUGACGGCCCUUACUGGUACCACUAAAAUAUGGAUGCCAAUGCUUGAUUGGGUAUUGAAAAUUGGACAGUUUCAAAUAUUAAGAAAUAAAAUAGCGUACGAUUUGAAUACUGCUUGCAAAUUUGAAGCUAAGCACAUGGAAUCAGCACUUAGAACUCUAAACCAAGCAGUACUUGCUGAAAUUUAUAAGAGAAACAAUGGAUAUCAAACUGAAGGAGAAACUGAGUUGCUUCGACAACUCAGUAUCCGUUUGGACUGGGCGGGUAUUAGUGACCCGCAAAAUAAGAUUUAUGUAAAGUCCAAAAAUGUUCCAGACGUCGAAAUAAUAAUGUUUCUGUUUACUGUGACGCAGGUACACAAAUUGUACUAUUCCAAAAGUAUUGCUGGUUUAUUAAGCAAAAAAGUUCAGGAUCCAGUGGAUGCUAUAGCUUUUGCAAUAGGAAUGCAAACGGUUCUUCGACAAUUUCAUACGUCUGCUUUGAAUCGUUAUGUAGCCCUACUUUGUGAAUAUAUUAUGUUAUUUGUCAAUGUGGAAAGCUCAAAAACCGCAAGCGAUUGGGAAGCGGAAGGAAUCACGACGUUACACUUUUUGGAACUAUUUGCAAAAUAUUCAAAUGUGCCAAAAUCUAUUAUAUUAAGUCACAUACCACUGGUGAUAUUAGAUCAGUAUGAUGUAAAGUUAUUGAAAUAA